AUGCCGAACUCGAACGACUACGACGUGAGGCUAUUCCCUCAUCGAAUGAAUCCUAUGGCUGGGGAUGCGGCUCCACUUGCGACAGACCACAUGCUGGCGACCUAUUUGGAAGCCAGCCAGGACCUUUGCGAGACAAACUCAAUUCUUUUUGGCGCCGCAAUGGCAGUUUGCCGUAUUAUUGGCUCCAAACUUCCCAUGGCUGGACGCGCUGUUAGACAAAGUAGCGCCAUCCCAGCCAGGAGGAAAAGAAUUGAGGACCGUAUCACAAAGGCAAGGGCCCUUAUCGGCAGACUGACAAGCUUCAGGUCGGGUAAUAUAGACCGAGGGUUGUGCGUACCGUUAUAA